AUGGAAGAGGAUCUGGACGAGAAGGUCAAGAGUUGUGCCGCCCUUCUCAUAUCAGAUGAUCUAGGUGAAUUUGCAAAAGGCUAUAAUGAGUUGGAGACCGCCUUCGAACAGCCAGGAAGCGAAGGGAGGGAGAGGUCUGCCAGGCUUGCUCAAGAGCUUGCGGCGUUCCAAGGGGGCGCUGUUCUGGAGAGGAUCUUUGCGGGGGCGCCGGGGUGUUACAGAUACGCAGAUGCAGACAAAGCACACAAUCAUUAUGGAGGCUGCUGCUUGGUGUCUGCCCUCCUAACCUCAAGCAAGGUUGUAGUAGAGCGCUGCUUGGGAAUGAUAGAGGAGGGGGAGGAGAGACGGUGCGCGCAAGAGAUCUAUGAGACAAUGUCGCGCGACGCGUUGCAAAGAGCUCGAGAGCUGAAGCGCGGGGACGACACCAUGGCUGGACUAUUCUUUGUGGUUGCGCCUCUUCAAUGCCUGGCCAACAUUGCUCGAGCUUCUCGAGUCUUCAGAGAUGGCAUGCAGGAUGUACUGAAAGAUCACACCCUUUUCGAGCAACUUGGAUUCUUUCUGUCCGCUGAGUUCCUCAAGAAGUUGUGCGACUCAAACGCUUACGCGGUUCGACUCGCCUUGUCCAGUCUAGCGAUGACGCUUGCUUUCUCGUCUGAUACACAGCUCUGGGCUCUGGACAAGGGUCUACUCAGAAUCCUGGCAUCUAUUUACGAACAAUCGCCCCUGGGUCAGCUCCAGGACAUAUCCAAAAGGGAUGAGUUUCCAGCUUCACGCUGCAAUUUGAUCCUUCUCCGCUUGCUCGAGUCCGACCCUGCGACGGAGAAGCUGCGCGCGCACAACGCGCUCUCGGGGUUCCGGCCCCACAGAGACAAGAUCAGCGGUGCCAGCCCGGACUUCGACAUCUGGGGUUACAUCGAAGCAAAUUUGAUGGGCUUUUCAGCGACUUUGGAAGACCUAAGUACUGGCCAGACAUGGACCGCCAAGUCGGCUCUUAGCGGAAGCUCCGUUCCGGUCGUCUGCUCGUGGAAGCUGUGCACGGCAGGCCCGGAACCCCUCGCCGGAAAGAAGUUCGCAAAGUGUUCCGCCUGCAAAGUUGCCCGCUAUUGCAGCAAGGAGCAUCAGCGUAUUCACUGGGCAAACCACAAGAAACACUGCCAGGCUGGUCCAGUCAAACUCCCCGGAGAUCAGCCUUCUCAGGAAGAUGAGAAAGGGAAGGUUGAACAAGCAGGGAACGUUUCCGGCGUACUUGAGGACGGUGUGCCGUAUGGUCCGACACUCUUCAACGGCUGUUUUGGACGUACAUGGCCGUUUGAAGACUGA